CGAUACGACGGCGGAGACCCCCCCCGGGUGGCGGGGUAGUCGUGCGGGCCGCCUCGUUCCGUGUAUAGCGCCGCGUCCCACGCCGUUAUUUUCUUUAAAAUAAUUAUUUAAAAAUAUUUUGCGAUUCGUUCCGUCUCGCCCGUGGCACGUUUUAAAUAAUUAAUUAUUUUUUACGUCGGGCGUCACCUCGGUUUGGGUUAUAAUCGGCUCGCCGCUCGCAAGAUGAAGACGCCGUCGACGAAGUCAGUCCGGCUGUUCAGCGACCGCCACAUCGAGAACCUCGAGAACAUCUUCAGGAAGCUGUUUAAAGAGCAAUUGUUAACCGACGUGACGAUCCACUGCAGGGACGGUUCGGUGAAAGCCCACAAGGUGGUGCUGGCAGCGUCGAGCGCAUAUUUCCGUCGCGUAUUCACCGCGCACACCGAACCUCAAGUCGCUUACGUCAUGCACGGGGUCACGUGCGGCCUGAUGGCCAGCCUCGUCGAGCUGAUUUACAGGGGCAGCACCGAAAUCGCCAACGACACGAUGGGCAAUUUUUACGACUUAGUCGACGAUCUCGAAGUGAAGGGCGUCAGUUGCGACGAGAAAUCUCCCACCGGCAGGGACACUCGCUUCAAGGGACUGAAACGGGUGGCGGUGAAUUUCGGCGAGGAAGAUGAGAACGUGCAGUCGGCCAAAUUGUUCGCCGCCGCUACCGCCGCCGAGAAAUCGGUCAGGAAAUUCGUAGAUAACGAGACGUCUACGAGCAGCCCCGAGUCGGCCGCCUUGUCGCCGACGGAGACGCCUAGCACUCCCCUAUCACCGGAAAGCGCCAAAAGGACCGCAUGGGCACUGAAGCAGCGCAAAUACAAGUGCGAACUGUGCCCCAGCAGCUUUAAGCGGGCCUCCCACUUGACACGGCACCAGCUGGUGCACACCGGGGAACGGCCCUAUCCUUGCACCCUGUGCGAUAAGGCGUUCUCCAGGCCCGACAAGUUGAAGCAGCACGUGCGCAAAGCGCACGAGAUGAUUGACCCUUACCCCGACGACUUGGUGUCGGAUUCCUUAUACACCAUAGGUCACGUGAAACUUUUUGCCUCGUCGGGGGAUCACGAAGAGGAGGAGCGACCCAUCACGAGGGAGGACUGCCCUCCGAAACCAGUCGUCGAAGCACCGCAACCUCCGAAGCCGACGCCGGCGGCGGCGGUGCCGCAAAAGAAGGGACGCGGUCGACCUAGGAAAUACCCGCCCACGCCGAAGCCGCUGUUCAAGCGGCCACGGGGACGCCCCCGGAUCAAUCCCCUCGCCAGCCGGACUGUCGCGCGCAACGCCGCCCCCUCAGCCAACCCGUCCGUCCCCAAAGAGAACUACGACAUCACCAACAUGCCCUACGGCGACAUCGAGUACCUGACGAAACACAUUUUGCCUUUAGACAACAACGAGGACCAUCCGAGUGCGGUAGAAUCAAAUCUAAUGGAACCGCUGGUAGAAAUCAACAUGGAACCGGAACGUCCGGAAAACACGGAAUUGUCGUGCGCCACCGCCAAGUCGUUCUUGAGUCACAUAGGACUGUUGGAGACCAGCUCCAUGAGGAAGAUCGGAGAGUGCACCAUAUCCGUCACGACGACGAGUUCUUAAUAGCGGAAAACUUUCCAAAACGUUUUUUUUAAGUGUUUCUUUUGUUAACGAUCGUGUUUUUUCGCUAUGCAAGCGGAAAUUUGUCCCAAGCGGAGAAAAUUUCAAAAGUUUAAUUUCCUGUUAUUUUUGUUUUGUUUUUGUUAUUAGGCAUUUCUAGUUUGUAACAAUUUCAAUUACCCAAUUGAAUAUUCAAUAAUAAAAUUUG